GCUUACGUCAGGUUACCUUUGACACAGAUUUGUUUCUGCACCUGAGAAGCAAGCAGUCUGAAGGGUCCAAGAUGAACAGAGCGUUCAACAAAACAAGUCUGAAGCAGUUGGCCGGUGUUCUCCAAAGGUUUCAAAGCACCUUGGUGAUUGCAGAGCACAACAACGAGAAACUGACCCCUAUCACACUCAAUGCCAUCACUGCUGCCAGUAAGCUUGGUGGUGAGGUGUCUUGUCUAGUUGCUGGAACAAACUGUGCACAGGUUGUAGAGCAAAUUGGACAAGUCCAAGGUGUGAAUAAGGUUCUGGUUGCUCAACAUGACUCUUACAAAGGUGCCCUGCCAGAGGAGUUGACGCCGCUUAUCCUGGAAACUCAAAAGCAAUUCAAUUUCACCCACAUCUGUGCUGGUGCGUCUGCCUUUGGAAAGAACCUGCUUCCCAGAGUGGCUGCCAAGUUGGAUGUUGCUCCAGUUUCCGAUAUUAUUGAGAUCAAGUCUCCAGACACGUUUGUCAGAACAAUUUAUGCCGGAAAUGCUCUCAGCACAGUGAAAUGUAACGAGUCGGUGAAGAUCUUCACGGUCAGAGGGACGGCCUUUGAGGCGGCUUCAACAGAAGGAGGAAGUGCUACAUCAGAAAAUGUUGCUGCUGCUUCUCCCGCUGGAGUUUCUGAGUGGUUGGAACAGAAUCUGACAAAGAGCGACCGCCCGGAUCUGACCAGCGCUAAAGUUGUGGUGUCAGGAGGGAGAGGCUUGAAGAGUGGAGAGAACUUCAAGCUGCUGUAUGACCUGGCUGACAAGAUGAAUGCUGCAGUUGGUGCAUCCAGAGCAGCAGUGGAUGCUGGGUACGUCCCCAAUGACAUGCAGGUUGGACAGACGGGCAAGAUUGUAGCACCGGAUUUGUACAUUGCUGUCGGUAUCUCUGGAGCUAUUCAACACCUGGCUGGAAUGAAGGAUAGCAAGACUAUUGUUGCCAUCAACAAGGACCCAGAAGCUCCCAUUUUCCAGGUGGCCGACUACGGCUUGGUCGCUGAUCUUUUCAAGGCUGUUCCUGAGAUGACGAAGGCACUGGACAAGUGAGGAGAACCAAAGUCAUCCCACAGUUGGAACCUGCAGAAAGAAGACCACAGGCUCCCAUAGCCACUGGCUUAACACACGCCUUUGUGUUUGCAUGCAGAAAUAAUUCAUCUAUAUAGAAAUAAAUGCGUUAAAAAUACA